AUGGAUUCCCAGAAGAUGAGCCACCAAGCUGGACAGGCCCACGGCCAAGCUCAGGAGAAGUUGAGCCAUCAUACUGGACAGGCCCAGGAGAGCUUGAGCCAUCAUGCUGGACAGGCCCAGGAGAGCUUGAGCCAUCAUGCUGGACAAGCCCAGGAGAGCUUGAGCCAUCAUGCUGGACAGGCCCAUGGCCAAGCUCAAGAGAAGACUAGCAACUUGAUGGACAUGGCUAGCAAUGCUGCUCACACUGCAAAAGAAACUGCUCUAGAGGCUGGUCAGCAUGUGAAGGCAACAGCACAAGGAGCAGCUGAGGCUGUGAAGAAUGCAACUGGCAUGAACCAGAAUCAGAAGUGA